GAGUUGAGGAGCCAACCGCGACUUAAUCUUAGAAAAAUUCAUGUUCAUUAAUGUCAAGUUAAAUUCAAACUUUACUUUUUCCAGAAAGUAUGCAUAGAUUUGCCCCCUUUUAUGAGUAAAACACAUUAAAUUCUCAAUUUCCCUGAAGGAGAAGAAUAUCAUAAAGAAUGGAGGGCAUACAUGGGUGGCAAGUGAUUUCUGUAUUUGGAAUUCUGUUUUGGAUUUUGAUUUCUUCAUUCUUAAAAUUGACUCAGAAGAUUCGAUCCAUAACCCAACCAUGGGUUACUCAACAAGUCAUCAAUGAAACUCCAUUCAUUCUUCAGAUCCAGGGUGCCCAACAUGGUUUCUUGGAUGCUUUAUUCUCUACUCUGUCUUGUGUUGUUUCUGUGCCGUUUUACACUGCUUUUCUUCCUCUUCUUUUCUGGAGUGGACAUGGUAAAUUGGGUAGACAGAUGACCUUAUUGAUGGCUAUAUGUGAUUAUAUAGGUAACGUAAUCAAGGAUUUGGUAUCAGCUCCAAGACCAAGUUGUCCACCUAUUAGGAGAGUAACGGCUACAGAAGAUGAGAAAGAAAAUGCAUUGGAAUAUGGAUUUUCUUCUUCCCACACUCUUAACACAGUCUGCUUAUCAGGAUACUUGGUUCACUAUGUUUUGGACUACAUCAAUUACACAGAUGGUUUCUUAAUAUUGAUUGGAGUUGCAAUUGCUUGCUUAUUUGUGGGGCUUAUUGGCUUCGGAAGGAUUUACCUUGGUAUGCACAGCCCCGUUGAUGUCAUCGGUGGACUCAUUAUCGGUCUAGUAAUCCUAAGAAUUUGGCUGAUGGUUCAUCAUCAUGUUGAUCAAUUUAUAGUCUCGGGACAUAAUGUCACUUCCUACUGGGCCACCCUUAGUCUCUUACUGUUAUUCGCGUAUCCAACUCCAGAGUUUCCAACUCCAAGCUUUGAAUACCAUACAGCCUUUAAUGGUGUUGCAUUGGGAAUUGUAAGUGGAGUCCAGCAAACUUACCUUCAAUUUCACCAUGAAAAUGUUCCACGCCUCUUCACCCCACAAUUAACCCUUGGGCUUUACAUGAGAAGGAUGGCCAUCGGCAUUCCUACAAUACUAGUUGUUAAAUUAUGUAGCAAGAAUUUAUCUAAAUGGGUACUCCCGGUAGUAUGCAACACUCUGGGAAUCCCAAUAAGAUCAUCUUCUUACAUCCCAGCAAUAACUGUGAAGACUGCAGAUAAAAAAAAUGACACAAAGAGACAGCCUGGUUAUCUCAAUAAGGUCUUGCUAUUUCCUCAAGACUCAUAUGAUGUUGACACAGGUAUAAGGUUCCUUCAAUAUGCAGGAUUGGCGUGGUCAGUCGUCGAUUUAGUUCCAUCUUUAUUUCCUCACCUUGGGUGUUAAGAAGUGGUGACAAGUUUAUAACAUGACCAACCAACAUUGAGUGGGUCUAAGAGGUCAGAUCUAAUUCAUCGUGUAUUUAUUGUUAAAUUCCUUUCUUCUCUCUGUAGGUAGUUAAUAUGUAUAUCAUACUUGGUUCUUUUUUCUUCUUUUUACCAGGGGAUGCGUUUAUGUACCCCUUCAAGAACAAAUUAUAAUACUUGUUCUGAUUUUAAUGUUUUGAUCUAGUUUUGAGCUGGUUCAAUCCUCCUUGCAUAGAUGCACAAUA